AUGUGGAGCGCAAGAUGCAAACGCUCGCAGCGCGAACGGACCGCGCAGUUGUCCAGCUCAUCCGGCAACGCAUCAAAAAGGACUGACUCUGAGAAUGCACUUUGCCGCAUGCUAUCAUUAGAAUGUGCGUCUUGCUGGCAGGAUGAAGGCCGCGAAGCCAAUGAUGAUGACAAGAAGUAG